UUUGGCAGUUCAUGUGCGCAGGUGCAGAAGAGUCAAACGCUGAUCGUGUGGGAACAACUAAUUGUGGAAACAUUUUUGAGAACGAUCACUCGAAGAAAAAAAGAUUAGUUCUGCAGUUUUUUUUUUUGGCAAGAAUGGACAGAGAAAUUCGCCUUGGUGGAGAGAGAAGGUUCUGCCGUGUGUCUAAAUUCUAAUGACAAAAUUGCAAAGAGGGGACAGCAGAGAGAAAACAUGUCAAGAGCUACUUUCCAGAGUUCAAGUUUGUCAGCAAAUCCGUGUUUGGACCCAACAAGGCUACUGUGUGUGCGUGUGUGCGUGCGCACACGUCAGUGCCCUGUGAUGAGCGCACUCCACGGCUGACGAUGCAGCUGGGAGCAGCAUGAGUCCGGAGCGAGCGGAGCAUGACAUGGUGUGUCAGAAAGCCGUGACCCUUAUUGUCGACCUCUGCCAGCACAACAGCACGCUGUUGGAGCAGGACACGUGUCAGGAGUUCCUCUUCCUGUUGUCCGGCCACGGCGCCAAGCACACGGAUCAGGACGCUACUUUUGGCCUCCUCCUUGGUGUGUUUGUGCUCUGUGGCUUGGUUCUGUUGGGCCUCCUGGCUUUUGGCUCCUGGAAGCGGUGCGGUCUGCCUCAGCGGCGCAAAGCCAGCUUCCUCGCUCCGUCCCCCAGCCCGGAGCACCACCCACUGCAGCUGCCUCGCCCGUUGCCAUUGCCGUCACCCCCAGGUCCCCGGCAGCAGCAGCAGCCAUCGGUUACCAUGGCAACCGAGAAAGUGAAGGACCCCGUGGGCCCGAUGGGCUUCCUGGAGGCCGCAGUUAAGAUAAGCCACACUUCUCCUGACAUUCCCACUGAUGUUCAACUCUCCAUGAGGGAGCACUUCCUGCGUCGCACACAGCGCAUGCAGAGACAAACCACAGAGCCAGCUUCCUCUACCCGGCACAAUUCCUUCAAAAGGCACCUUCCUCGACAGAUGCAGGUUGGCAGCCUGGACUUGGGGAACGACUACAUGUUGGAAAAAGAGGAAAAAUCCACAAGCAUCGGCCGCAUUCAGCCGGAGCUCUACCAACAGAAAACAUUAGACACCGAGGACUCCUCCAAGAACGGCAGCAGCAAAAACUGUGGUAGGAUUAACUUCUCUCUGAAGUAUGACUACGACAAUGAGGCCCUACUCGUCAACAUUAUCAGGGCGGUUGACCUUCCCGCCAAAGACUUGUGCGGCACUUCCGACCCUUACGUCAAGAUCUACCUGCUGCCCGACCGCAAGAAGUUCCAGACGCGCGUCCACCGGAAGACCCUCAACCCCAACUUCAGUGAGAACUUCCACUUUCCCGUGCCUUACGACGAGCUGGCAAUCAGGAAGCUCCACAUGAGCGUCUUCGACUUCGACAGGUUUUCAAGACACGACAUGAUCGGGGAGGUGGUGAUGGACAACCUCUUUGAGACGUCGGACCUAGCCCGCGAAACAAAUAUAUGGAGAGACAUCGAAUAUGCCACCAGCGAGAGUGUCGACCUUGGGGAGAUCAUGUUCUCACUUUGUUACCUGCCCACUGCUGGAAGACUCACACUGACUGUCAUCAAGUGUAGGAACCUUAAAGCCAUGGACAUCACUGGAUACUCAGACCCUUACGUCAAAGUGUCACUAAUAUGUGACGGGCGACGUCUAAAGAAGAAAAAGACUAGCAUAAAAAAGAACACCUUGAAUCCCACCUACAACGAGGCCAUCAUCUUCGACAUCCCACCUGACAGCAUGGACCACGUCAGCCUGCACAUCUCUGUCAUGGAUUACGAUUUGGUCGGUCAUAACGAGGUCAUUGGCGUAAUGCGGGUGGGAUGCAACGCAGACGGUUUGGGAAGGGACCACUGGAAUGAAAUGUUGGCUUAUCCUCGCAAGCCCAUCGCACACUGGCAUCCCUUACUAGAGUCCAAGAAAUCUGAGAAGGAGUGGAAAGCAAGGGCCGCCAGUUUUGACAGUCAGGGCUCCUGUCCUUCCCCCCGCCCCCCGGCGACACCCUGAGCAACGCCACCUGAGACCUCUGCAACCUCCUUUCAACCCAGAUGAGCAGGGGGCAGUAGGAGGUUCUUCCUGCCUCCUGCAGAUCCAUUUCCUGUCUGUGUGAUUAUCGAGGAGAAACCCUGCUGUCGCUCCGUGCUCCUGCCAACCCCCCAGACUGACACACACACACACACACACACACAUACACACACACACCCCUCUAUCCCACUCUCCCAGUUGACUGCCACACCCCACUUUCCGCCAGUGUGGUCCAAGAGGAGUUAGAAGCACGUCAGAUCAGGUCGUAUUUUUGGAGGUUAUGGCGCUCGAUCUGCAGAGAGGGGUUUUUUUAAUGCCCCUCUUCCCUGUUAGGGGAUGUGCGCACACCGUUAAACUACGGAAGUCUCGGAGGGAAGGGAGAUGUCUGAGGAGGCACGUGUCGCCUUUUAUAAUGUCCUGGUGCUGUUGUCAUUUGCAUCAAAACUAAAAUCAAGCCCUAGCUUCUUUAAGGUGUUAAAAUUGAGUUGUCAGUUGCAUCCACCUAUUGUGAUGCUAAAUUUUCAGACUUCUGGCUAAAUCAUGAAUGAGCAGAAAAGGAUGAGGACUGAAAUAUUGAUUUAAUUAGACCUCAAGAGCAAGCAAAUAUAAACAAAAGCUAUUAACAUACGGUAAAAAAGUUCUUGAUUGCUCUGACCCAAUUAGUCACCGGUUGCAUUAUCUACUUAAGACCAAUAAAAACCCUCAAAGAGAGGCCAACCUUUUCAGACCCCCAAAAAAAACAAAACAGAAAAAACAAACAAUGUGAGAUGAAACGUAAUUUUUAAUGCAUUAUGCUAAGUGGAGGCAACAGUGAUUUGUGUUCCAGUUGACUCAGCUAGGGAAUCGCUCCCCGUGGUGUCGUGUGCAUCCGUGUUGAUGCUUCUGCCAAGUCUGCGUCAUUUCUUGAUGUUUCGCUGCACUUCUCCAUAAUUCAUUUUAUCUCGGUUUAGUUAAUAAAUAAACUUCCAUAUUGUAUGAAUAUAAAACGUGAAUUAAAAAAUACAUUUACACAAAUAAAAGUACAGCAUCCAACCCAAUGUAAAAGUGCCCCAUCCAUCUGCAGUUUAGUUAAUAAGCACACAUGUCCACGAUCGCACAAUUUCUCAUAGUUUCUGAUUGAUGUUCGCAUUGCCUCCUUGGUCUCUUGUCGUUGUGGAGGAUCUGUAUGUAUAAUUUUGUGCAUAUAUUUGCUUACAUCUAUUUUGUGAUUGUUUGCAUUCUUUUCAACCAGACAAAAUGUGAAGCUACAUGUAGUCUAGCACGUGGUGAUAAUGAGAGAAAAAAGAAAAAAAACUCUUCCUCGAUUUUUACACGUCAUGAAAGUUUGCGUUUGUUCUCUUAUGUAAAAUGUUAUAUUUUGUCACCCAGAUGCCGUUGUGGUUUUGUUGGCUCCCCUUAUUCAAUUUGCUGGACCUGCUGUCUUUCAAACAAAAAAGGUGAAUUUUAAUGACGAAAAGUGUUUCGUUGUGAUGAGAAAUCUGUACUUUGGUUUGUUUUGUAGAUGAACAAGUAAAUAUUUUGUACCAAGAACAAAUCUCCUUUUAGGCUGUGUGAGUGAAAAAACGGUGUAGUUGUUGCAUUACUAAAUGUAAAUGUGCGUUAUGAAAAACCAACAGGAGGCAGUGUAAUUACAGCACUCACAAUAAAAAAAAAAAAAAGUUAAAGUUUGUUUUUAUCUGAAAAACAAUUUGUUUUUUCGCAUUUCAAAUGACAUUAAAACCCAAAGGGGAAAAAAAAUCAUCGUGUAUUACUACAUACAGUGAAGAAGGUGAGUAUUUGAACAUCGUGCUAAUUGCAAGUUCUCCCACU